AUGAGCUACCAACAAGAGUUUACAAUAAAACACUGUUCGAGUGAGACUCCAAGCUUUCCAUCAAAGAACUUACAAGAUUGGAACUCUGGGCAAGCAUGGAAAUCGGGCGAAUUUCCCGAGACGCCCGUACAGCUCAUUUGCCAAUUGAAGAAGCGAUGCAAAGUUAACAAAAUUCAAAUGCUAGGCCACCAAUACAUGAUUCCGCAAAAAGUCGUCCUCUUCAUCGGCGAUUUUACGUCAAAAACGGCAAAGAAGAUCUGGCGCAAGAUCGGAUUCUUUACGUUUUUGGAGAACCCGCUUGAGGAUCAAAGAGAAUUGAAAACGAUAAAUCUGUCGCAACAUGUCGCGAUUGGACAGUAUAUCAAGUUUGAAAUUUAUGAACCGUACAACAAAAAGUCGAAUUUGUUCAACAAGGUUGCUGUCGAUGCUAUCAAUAUUCUAGGGACGGGUUUUUAUGAUCCCAAAAGCGAGGAAAUUCGCGAUGAAGCAGAAGUGUUAGCAAAUCGUUACUUACGAAAAGUCGAGAUCGACGACGAAAAGGAAAAUAUCCGAGAAGCCGCAGAGCAAAGCAGAAUCAAGCUCGAUGCAGAAACAGAUUUGAUAGUGACGAGAAUGAUGGAAGAAAAGGCAAUCGCUGAGCAAAAGGAAGAUUUCGAUAUGGCUUCCGCGCUGAAAAACAUCAUUUCUACUACGCGGGUUGUUGGCGAGCAAAUCCAUCAAUGCGACAAGGGAAAAGAUCUGAAGGUCAAGCAAGAGGAGUACGAAGAAGCGAAAGGGUUCAAGAUCAGACGAGACGAGCUUAAACUCAAGCGGGACAGAGAAAUCGACGAGGAGCUCUAUCAAUAUGGCUUCUCAACAGCUUAUUUUCUGAAGCGAGUUGGUUCGAGCCAGAGUACUGUCACUCCCCUUGAUGAAAUUCCUUCGCACAACACGGAAAACGAAUACAUGAAGAUGAACUCGCACAAGUCGCGCGAAGAAAUCACGCCGGACUCUUCUGAGCGACACAAGCAAGAAUCGAUAGAAUCAGUCGGGCACCAGCUGUCACUGCCGGUGGAGAGCUCAUACCAAGAGAGCGCCUAUUCUGACUUCGACUCUGAUAAUCAUAAUCAACCAAUUCCGAACCAGCAGCAAAUCAAUAGCGUAGAGCGAGAGGAUAAUUAUUCUGACCCAUUUUCGGUUGCGGCUUCGGAUGAUCGCUCCUUGGCCAAUAAUCAGAGAACUUUUGAGGAAAUUUUAGCUGCGGAACUUGCCAAAGAGGCCAAAAGAAAUGGUCGCCCUCCAACUCCAGACGAAGCGUACGAUUAUGAACUCAAAGAGAAAACCAAGUCGCUGAAUAAAUUCGACGUGCUCAUUUUCGGCGAAGAAUUCUGUCUCAAAGCUAUUGAUAAAGCUUUCCAGCCGCGGUUAGAUGCUGCGACUGAUCUACAAAGAUUCGUGGAGAACGAUCCUGUAAAAUUACUUGAGAGUAAAGAAAUGACUGGCGGAAAGAGCGAGCAGAGAGAUUUACUGAGGUCUUAUCUCUCUUACAUUGAAAAGUUCAUGGAGGAUUUGGUUCAACAAGUGUACCUUGGAGGCAUCGAGGCUGGCAAACGACUGAUUGCUACUUUUGCCCAGUAUUCUCCCAAUGACAUAAAUACGAUAUUAGAAAUGAUUCUACCGAUUUUACUGAGACGAAGUCAAGAAGAAGUUCAUAAUUUGAACGGAGCGGCCCCAACACGAGUGAAGCAAAAAGAAUUCAUCGAAGCUAUUCUUGACAUCCAUGCAAUGCCUCCUUCGAGUAAAUCGGCGAACUACAUCACCAAAUUGUUCCUUCCCCUCUCGACCGACUUCAAGUCUAAGAAGAACAAUAAACCAGCGCCGCCAAAGUUGUACUACUCUCGUCUCGAAAUUCUGAUACGAGUGAUCAAAGAACAACUUCAUUUGAUCACUAAACACUGGAGACAAGAACGACUUUUCGAAGAAGCAUUCGCUCGAAUUGACGAAGGGAUCCGCCAUCAGAACUCGCAAGUCCGUGGAAAAGCAUGCGAGCUUCUUUAUCUUUUGUAUUCCCAAAACAGCGGACUGGCUCGAAAUCUUUUCGAGGAGCAUGUGAAAGGAGAUGGUGUAGAAGUCAAGAAUGAUCUUCCUCAAAAAAUGAUCGACACAAUUUACGACGAGUUUGACCGUCUCGAUGGCAAGCCGACAAAGAAACAACUUGAAGCAGAGAGAAAGAAAGAAGAAGCAGCAAGAAAACGAGCUGAGCAGGCUGAAAUUGAAGAGCUUCAAAGGCAAAUUGCUGCAGCUAGACAGGCGAAUAGAGAACAAGAAAUGAGAAGUGGUGCACAGUACCAAGCUCCUCCUGCAGAACCAGUUCAGCAAGAUGACCAAUUUGACGAAGAUGAAGACGAUGAAAACUCAAAGCAGUGCAUAUUCUGCCUGGAGCAAGAUGACAAGUUUAUCGAGCAGCAAGACGAAAAGGACGGCAUGGAUAUGCAUUAUUGGAAAGAAUGUCCAAUGCUGACAAAAUGCAAGGAGUGUAAAAUGGUCAUCGAGAUCUCGGGCUACAAUGAGCAUUUGGUGAAAGAGUGUCCGUCAAAGGCAAACUAUCAAGACAAAAACCUGGAUACUGUCAGCAAAAACGGAAAGACAAAAUGUCCACUUUGUUCAUCAGCUGUGACGGAUACCGAAGAGGGUUGGAGAGAACAUCUCAUGGCGAAAAAAGGCUGUAAAAAUAAUGAUCGUCGAGUAGCGGCGAUAAAACGAAAGAACGCAAAGCUGUGA